UUAUAAUUUCCUUUUUUCCCACUGCUUUUCUGUUCUUUUCUUUUCUUCUCUCUUCAGUGGCUGCUUUUUUCUGCCUCUUUCUCUCACCAUACUCUAUCUCUCUCUUCAGCCCAAACCGCUCUAGUGAACUGGUAGACAUGUCUUUCCGCGGUGGAGGGACAAAUGCAUCAUCUGGGAUGGGCGUUGCUGAUCAGAGCAAAACCACAUACAUGGAAUUGCAGCGGAAGAAGGUAUUCCGCUAUGUGAUAUUUAAGAUUGAUGAGAAGAAAAAGGAAGUUGUUGUUGAAAAGACUGGUAGCCCGGCUGAGAAUUAUGACGAUUUCACUGCAUCCCUGCCUGAGAAUGACUGCCGAUAUGCAGUUUAUGACUUUGAUUAUGUGACUUCUGAGAACUGCCAAAAGAGCAAGAUCUUCUUCAUUGCAUGGUCUCCUUCCAUCUCAAGGAUUCGUGCAAAAAUGCUUUACGCUACAUCCAAGGAAAGGUUUAGGAGGGAGCUGCAGGGUAUACAUUAUGAAAUUCAGGCCACUGAUCCAACUGAGAUGGACCUUGACGUCAUCAGAGAGCGUGCUAAUUGAACUCUUUGCUGUUAUGCAAGAAUGCCUCUUCUGGGGCAAAAAUAUUACACUUGCAACUGAAAGAAACGCAUUUUCUCGAUCUAGUAGUGGUUGUUAAGAUCUUGUGUAUGCUACAGUUACAUAUAGCUUGAUUAUAAAUAAUUUGGCAUCCGGGAAGGCUGAUCAGGAGCUCCCAUGUUCAUCCCGGGAUCAUGCGGGUCCUUCUCAUGAUGCUUCCCGAAUGAAAAAUGUCUCUGAUUAUGGCUAUUAACAGUUGCAUACUGAAUAUAUUAUAUGAUCUGAUAAUGUCU